AUGAAGACUACAUGGAAGGAGAUUGCUCCUGUGCCGACCCAGCAGGAGUUCCUCGAUAUCGUCCUUAGUCGCACACAGAGACGGCUUCCGACUGUUAUUCGUGCUGGAUUUCAGAUUAGUCGUAUUAGAGCAUUUUAUACGAGAAAGGUCAAAUUUACAUCGGAGACCUUUUGCGAAAAGUUUCAGGCUAUCCUCGAUGGCUUUCCUCGUCUGCAGGAUAUUCAUCCUUUCCACAAGGAUUUGAUGAACACAUUGUACGAUGCAGACCACUUCCGAAUCGCCCUCGGCCAAAUCUCGACCGCCAAACAUCUCAUAGAAACUGUCGCUCGCGAUUAUGUCCGACUCAUCAAAUACGCCCAAUCGCUCUUCCAAUGCAAACAACUCAAGCGGGCCGCUCUUGGUCGCAUGGCCACUAUCUGCAGACGUCUCAAGGAUCCUCUGUUGUAUCUUGAGCAAGUCCGACAGCAUUUGGGUCGUUUGCCGUCCAUUGACCCCAAUACCCGCACAUUGUUGAUUUGCGGAUACCCCAAUGUUGGAAAAUCCAGCUUUUUGCGCAGUAUUACUCGCGCCGAUGUUGAUGUGCAGCCUUAUGCGUUCACGACGAAGAGUUUGUUCGUCGGACAUUUUGAUUAUAAGUAUUUGCGAUUCCAGGCGAUCGAUACUCCUGGUAUUCUGGAUCAUCCCCUUGAAGAGAUGAACACGAUUGAAAUGCAAUCGAUUACGGCUAUUGCGCAUUUGCGAUCGGCGAUUUUGUACUUCAUGGACUUGUCUGAACAGUGCGGUUACUCUGUCGUUGACCAGGUCAAGUUGUUCAACAGCAUCAAGCCAUUGUUUGCGAACAAGCUUGUCUUUGUUGUUGUUAACAAGAUUGACGUCAAGCGUCCUGAGGAUUUGGACCCGGAGACUAAGGAGUUGCUGGAUAGCAUGUUGAACCAGAGUAAUGUCGAGAUGCUUCAGCUUUCUUGCACUACCACCGAAGGUGUUACCAAUGUCAAGAACGCCGCCUGCGACAAGCUCAUUGCGGAGAGAGUUUCCCAGAAACUCAAGGCCGGUACUAACAGCAGCGGAAACCCCAGUGGACGUCUCGGCGAAGUUCUCGCGCGUAUUCACGUUGCACAGCCUAUUGGUGGUGUUCGCGAGUCUUUCAUUCCAGAUGCCGUCAAGAACCUCCAGAAAUACGACAAGGAAGACCCCAACCGCCGAAAACUCGAGCGCGAUAUCGAAGAAGAGAACGGUGGCGCCGGUGUAUACAGCGUCGAUCUGCAGAAGAACUACACUCUCGCCAACGACGAAUGGAAAUACGACAAGAUUCCUGAAAUCUGGAACGGCAAGAAUAUUUACGACUACGUUGACCCUGAUAUUGAAGCCAAAUUGGCUGCUCUAGAGGCAGAAGAAGAGAAACUCGAAGCAGAGGGCUUCUACGACUCUGACGACAGCGUUGAAGAGGCCGAAGAUGCCGAAAUCCGUAUGAAGGCAGACCUCAUCCGCGAGAAGCGAGUAUUAAUGAAGAACGAGGCCCGUUUGAGGAAGUCGCUCAAGAACAGAGCUGCUAUCCCUCGCAGCGCCAAGGCCAAGAGACUUUCUGAGAUGGAGAAGGCGCUCGAUAACGCUGGAUACGAUACCUUUGACGCCGUCACCCGCGCCCAGAGUCAGUCACAACCUUCUCGUGGCCGCGCAUUGACUCGCGACGGCGAUAAUAAUGGUGCCGACAACGAUGCAAUGGACGUUGACUCCGCAUCCAACCCUCGCGACGCAAUUGCGCGCGCCAAGAGCCGUGCUCGCAGCCAAGCAGCCACGAACAGAUUGACAGACGGUGUCACAGACACAACAUCGCGCAGCAAGGCAGAGAGAUUAACCAAGUUGGGACAGAAGAAGAUGAACCGUAUGGCCCGCCAGGGUGAGGCCGAUCGUCACCAGACAGUGUCGUUGGCGAAGCAUUUGUUUUCUGGAAAGAGAGGAAUGGGAAAGACGCAACGUCGUUAA